AUGGUUGAGUACGAUGAGCAGGGAGAGCGUUUCAAAGCCUUUAGAGAUGUCUGCCGAGAAUGCAAGGAGUACGGGUUCGCCGACUGGCCCCACGAAGGGCCACAGACCACUCUCCAUGUUCUCAAGUUCAUGCAGAAGAAUGGCGGUUCUCCCAAACUUUGGCUGCAAGUGUGGUCUCGCCACAAAGGGGUCCAUGAGGGCGACCGGGUGAUGCAUGAGAUGCGGGCCUUGGUUGACUGCCUGGAACAGGGCGGGUGCUACGACCAGCUGAACUUGGCCAGCUUGGCCAGUUUUGAAUGCCUAGCUCGCCGGAUCCAAAGCAUUGUCGAUGCCUACAACGCUGGAAGUGCUGCCUCUCCUGACUGGGGGGCAGCUCGCAUCAUCACUGGGUACCAAGGGCCCGAGGACGUAGUGAUGCCAUCGUUGAGGAGCUGGGCUGCCAAACGCGGCAAAGAGGAAGUUGAAUUAGCAGCUGCUCGGACAAAAAUCCGAGAACAUCGUCGGUUGAUUGCACCAGCUGAAGAGGCAGCAGCAGCUGCUGUGGCUGAUGGAAGUUUGCCAAGCGGAGGGGCACCUACCAAGCCAAAGCGCAAGGCCAAGGCAAAAACGGGACCGGAGAGCGGGGCUCAGCCCCUCAACCCGCUCUCCGUGGCUUUGAAUCAAUGGGGGGCGCCCGACCUGAUCCUAGUGCAAGGGUGGAGUCGCAAAUGCCGGCUUCGCGAGACGGAGAGGGAAGCGGUUUUUGCCCUCAACUGGAUGGCGGGCAAGCAUGAUUUUUUGCAUGGCACAGAGGAGGCUCCUGACUUGCUACAAGCUGAAGUUCUCCAACGAAUUCAUGUGUUGGCCACAGAGGCCGGAGAGUUGGGUAGUCUUGAACAUGUCCCAGCACCUGAGGCAGCCCUGCGGGAGCUGCUCAAAGGAAGAUCAGAUUAUCAGCAACCUGAUAUUCCAGUAGCCUUAGCCCCUUACAGACUCGAGCGUGUCUCUCUCCCGACUUCGCUGCACGGCCUGCCUCAGGCCGAAGAGCUGCUGCCGGAUGACACCCGUCGAUAUUUGCAAGGUGAAGAGCUGAUGCUGAAGGACGGGGCCAUUGAAGAUGCUCCCCGUCCAUACUGGGACCCAGUGUUAGCCAAGAGUCAAAAACACUACAAGGAGUUUAUCAGAAAGCUCGACAGCAUUGGCAUGUUGCAAUAUACACCCAAAAACGAGGCCUUUGUGGAUGAGUUGCAAGCCAUGAACAUCCACAUUCUGAGUGAUGUCAAGGAACUGGACCAGCACUUCGGAAGCUCCGGCUUGCUGCUUCAUCCUGGAGAGGUGAGCGGGGACAAGACUAAAGCGUUGGGUACAAUUCUGGAUGGAAAGCUGCUCCACAAAGACCUUUGGGUGCCUCGAUUGUGGGGGAAGUGGAGCUUCGAAGAAAGCAUCCUGAUUCUGGAGGCGCGGGCUGCCGUCAAAGCCUUGCGGCGUGUUGCCAUGAGCGUUUUUGGAAACCAUGUCCGACAGCUGUUCUUAUUUGACAACAUGUCUUUGGUUCUAGCGCUCGAGCGCUCUCGGAGUAGCUCCUCACUGGCCUCAUCCGCGAUGUCUCCCAAACGCGUGCGAGUGUUGAAGCCGCCGCUGGUCCCACAGAGCCAAAACAGCGGCUCAAAGUGCCGAGUCCUGAAACCUGGAAAGAUGAAUGCCAGCCAAGUAACCAAAACGAAGAUGAGGGCUCUCAAGGCCAAUCCUUUGGAGAAAAGGUUCAAACGAACCAUCCCUCUUCCCAAAGUAGUAAAGCUGGAAGAUGCCCAUUUGGACAUGAACAUCAACAUCAACAAGAUGGCCAAAACCUCGGGCUCAGUGUCAAGCAGCUCAGACAGCAGCAGCGAGCCAGAGAUGAGCGGCACCCGAAAGCGGCGGCUGGCCGGAAGAGCCAAGUACCGCCGCAAACAUUACGUGGACCUCUUGAUGGAGGGGAAGGGGCCAGGCGACCUCUCCCCCUUGGAGCGAAGAGCAGUCGGCUCAGCCACCGAGAAGAUGUACCUGAAAGAACUGCGGAGCUUCUUGGACUCCACCAAACCGGCUGUUUUCAAUCCAGACAACCCAGAGCAGGUGGAUCAGUGUUUGGUGCAGCACAUGAAUCAGCAGUUUCUAGAUGGGCACCAAGCCUUCGGGGGGGACCGUCUGAUUGCCAGCUUUUUACACCAUUACCCUCAGUUCAGCAGAGUUGGGGUCAAGCGCAUUCCUCGUGCGCUCAGAGCACUUCGGGGAUGGCGGAAGCUGUGCCCUGGAAGAUCCAGGGUGCCCUAUCCUUUGGCUAUUUGGACAGGCCUGGCCUCUCUCAUGAUUGGGAUGGGUUUCAGCGAUAUGGCAAUCUUCACCAUGAUCGCCCUGUCUACAUAUGCCCGACCAUCCGAACUCCUGAAGAUGAAGGUCUUCAGCUUGGUGCGGCCAGUGACAGGCUUGACCGCCAGCUGGAGUGUCCUGAUUUGCCCAGAAGAACUUGGCGAACCGUCGAAGAUUGGCGAGUUCGAUGUGAGUGUCCUGUUAGACUCUCCCUAUUUGAGCUCCUGGAUUUCAAAAGUCCUCCCGGUCUUCAAGGAACAGGACCCGACACAGAACCUCUGGCAAUUCAACUACAGUCAGUACCUGUCGGUCUUCAAGAAGUGCGCCAGCCAGCUGGGCCUCGAGGUGACACCGUACCAUGCCCGGCACAGUGGCCCGUCAAUAGACCGGGUGAAGCAUCACCGGUCACAGCUGGAGGUUCAGAAGCGGGGCCAAUGGAAGUCCACCAAGAGUGUUCACAGGUACGAAAAGGCAGCCCGACUGGCGCGCAGCUGGGAGCUGGUGAACCAGAAGGCAAAAGAUUAUUGCCUCAGCUGCGAGUCCGACUUCACGGGCAUCGUCUUAGGGCACAAGAAGCCUCCAAGUACAACCUGCCUCGCAG